AAACAAAAAUUGCUAAAAGAAAAAAAGAAGAAGAAGAAGAAGAAAGAAACAGAAAGGGAGUCAAUGGUAGGCAUAGCACUUUGCUGUGUAUAUGGUUAACUGAAAUGGAUGAUGAUUGACUGGGAAUGUCUGAACACGAAGGAUCCUUGAAAUAUGAGACAUACUGUAAGAGAAAGUCUAAUAUUAGUCUGGAGCUAAAGGUUCCUCUCAGCAAUAUGCAGGCAUGGGGAGUUGGGUGGGCAUAUGUAAAAAAAAGUAAUAACCUAGAGAGUUUGGGGAGGGACGGAGGGACCACUGGCAGGGCGGGAACGUCAGGGCCUCAGAGGCAGCCCCUCGGCCCAGGCAUCCUGGAAGGCGGUGGGCAGCCUGUCCUGGCUGGGACGACGUGGGCCUCCCGAGGAAUGUUUCCAAGGUGGUGAACUGUGCUCAGGAAUUCAGGUGUGGGAGCAGAAGAUAAACAGGAGUGGGAGGGCCAGGGAAUGCCACAGCCUGAAAGCACACCUGUGAGCCCUGAAGAUGUCAGAGAUGCUUAAUCAAGGAGGUGCUCCUGGUUUCCGAAGAACAGGGCACACAGACAGGGCUUGAAGUCAGAGUGUGACCAUUGCUAAGAGAGGUAAAACCAACAUGCUGCAGGUGCGACCAGCAUUUUCAUCUGUUGCUAGCUGCUGAAGUGGCUGAACUACAUGUCUGAUCCCUUUGCUGUAUGUGCCGAGGAAGAAAACAGACCCGUGGUGGAGGGAGGACCCAGGACAAUGGCUGCUGACCAUGAUUUGGAGAUGGAGGAUAUGAAUCUGAAUAUGGAUAGAGACAUGGAAGGAGAGCUGGAAGAAGAGAAGGAAAUGAGAGAGGAUGGUGGACGUGAAGAUCCCUUCAAGAGUAAAAAGGUCCAUAGGGUUGUCUCGAAAUGGAUGCUUCCUGAAAAGGUCCGAAGAACAUGCUUGGAGAGAGCUAACUGCCUCCCACCCCCUGUGUUUAUCAUCUCCGUCAGCCUUGCUGAGCUGGCGGUGUUUAUUUACUAUGCCGUGUGGAAGCCUCAGAAACAGUGGAUCACCCUGGACACAGGCAUCCUGGAGAGUCCCUUUACCUACAAUCCCGAGAAGCGGGAGCAAGCCUGGAGGUCUGUCUCCUAUAUGCUGGUCCACGCUGGAGUUCAGCACAUCGUGGGGAAUCUCAUUAUGCAGCUCGCUUUGGGUAUUCCCUUGGAAAUGGUCCACAAAGGCCUGCGAGUAGGGCUGGUGUACCUGGCAGGAGUGAUUGCAGGGUCCCUUGCCAGCUCCAUUUUUGACCCACUCAAAUAUCUUGUGGGUGCUUCAGGAGGAGUCUAUGCUCUGAUGGGAGGCUAUUUUAUGAAUGUUCUGGUGAAUUUUCGAGAAAUGAUUCCUGCCUUCGGAAUUGUCAGACUACUGAUCAUCAUCCUUAUAAUUGGGUCAGAUAUGGGAUUUGCUCUCUACAGAAGGUUCUUUGUCCCUACGGACGGGUCACCGCAAACUGAACUGCCUCAUGAUAUAUAAACCAAGGAAUGCAAAGAGCCAUCUGGAAAAAAACUGAAGUCUAUGAAGAGACCAAGAAGUCCUUGCAAAUACUAACAAUUUUUUUUAAAGAGGUCAGAACACCACCGAUGUCCUCAGUUGCAAAGACUGUUUACAAAAGGGGUUAGGGUUUAGGGAAGGGGCUUCUGAAUGCAGAGGAGGGAAAAGGAAGAGAGAAAAGGGAAGGGAUAGAAAAAGCAGGGAUUGGCUCUUCCCAGACUCAUGGUGUGCAUCAUAUGUAUCUAAAUGAGACUUGCUCUCCUUAGAGGGUAUGUUGUAGAGACUGUUUGAUAGAAUUCACAAAUACUGUUGUGUGCUGAUAAUAAAAACUUUUCAUACCUGUAAA